UCAACAUCCCACAAUGUCCGCUCGCGGCGGCGCCGGAAACAUCCUCGCCGCCUCCCAGCAAAAAGCCCACACAUUCACCGACCUCGAAGCCAAUGCGCCCUUGUCCGAGCAUGUCACCACAGUCCCUUUCGACACGAAUCGCGAGUACGCCCACUCUGGACGCGGCGGAGCAGGCAACUACUACAGCCCGAAAGACCUCAGCCAGAAAGGCGAAUUCGACGUCAGCGAGCGGAAAGAGAAGGAUGAGUCAGUUGCCGUGCCUGGCAGUGCGCCAGUGAAGGUCGGAAGGGGUGGAGCGGGGAAUUUCACGUUUGGGAAGAGUGGAGAGGGCGAAGAGGAGAAGAGGCGGAAAGAGGAAGAGGAGAAGGGAAAAGUGGUGGAUAUUGAGAGGGAGGUUGAAGAGGGCGUUGGCAAGCUGCAGAUGCCGGAGAAAGCGAAGCUCGCGGGUGGGGAGAGGGAUCUUGUCAACAGCGCUGAGUGAAGACCAGAAUGCUGUCUGGCAUGACUUCACGCAAGGCGCGAACAUGACCACGGAAUCGUACAAGCUGCUUGGACGACGACAUGCUACAGAAAAGCUUCGAUGCUCGUGUAGAGGACACAUCCAGGCUCAGUCGCAUUGCGAGUCAGCGUUGCUGAUGCAUUGAGGCAUCUUUUCGGGA